CCUCCUCCUCUUCUUCCAAGCAUAUUUGAGUAAAUAUCAGUUUUAAGUUUUAAUGGCAUCCUCAUUGGAUAUAGAAAACAAUCGAAGAGACCAUGACCAUGACACCAGGGAAGAAGAAGAAAGCUUCUCCUAUGCAUUGCAGCUGGUGGGUUCUUCUGCACUGCCCACGUCACUGCAAUGCGCUAUCGAGCUUGGCGUAUUCGAUAUCAUAGGCAAAGCAGGUGAAGGGGCAAAGCUUUCCCCAGCAGAGAUUGCAGCCCAGUUGGGUACCAACAACCCUAACGCACCCACCAUGCUGGACUCCAUCCUUAGGCUUUUGGCCUGCCACUCUGUCCUCAACUGCUCUGUGGUUGCUGAUGAUAACGAUAAUAAUAUUAAUGGCUCUUUGCAGUUGCAGAGGCUAUACAGUCUUGCUCCAGUGUCCAGGUUCUUUGUCACCAACGAAGAUGGUGUUUCAUUGGGCCCCUUGAUAUCGCUCACACAAGAUAAAGUCUUUUUAGCAUGCUGGUCUGCGCUAAUCGAUCAUUCCAUUGUUUGUCUUAACAAUCACGUAGUGAUUCAUGGUCCAAACACAUCUUCUAGUUUAACAAUCACACACAGGUCCCAAUUGAAAGAUGCAAUUCUUGAAGGUGGAAUACCAUUCAACAGGGUCUAUGGAAUGCACCCCUUUGAGUAUCCUGGAGUGGAUUCCAGAUUCAAUCAGGUUUUUAACACUGCAAUGUACAAUCACACUACUAUAACUAUAAAACAGAUACUCGAGGUUUACAAGGGUUUUGAGCCCAUCAAACAAUUGGUUGAUGUUGGUGGUGGUCUUGGGGUGACCCUUAAGAAUAUCACUUCCACCUACCCACACAUCAAGGGCAUUAAUUUUGACUUGCCUCAUGUCAUCAAACAUGCCCCUUCUUAUCCAGGUGUGAAACAUGUAGAAGGAGAUAUGUUUGUGAGUGUUCCAAGCGGGGAUGCCAUUUUCAUGAAGUGGAUUCUUCAUAAUUGGAACGAUGAAAAAUGUAUAAAAUUGUUGAAAAACUGCUACAAAGCUAUUCCAGAAGAGGGGAAAGUGAUCAUUGUCGAUGCAAUUUUUCCCGUAAUGCCAGAGACAAGUGCUGAAGUGAAAAGCAUCUCCCAAGCCAAUGUGAUUAUGAUGACUCAAAACCCAGGAGGGAAGGAGAGGACCAAACAAGAAUUCCUUGCCCUGGCUACUGCUUCUGGAUUUAGUGGCGUCAGAUUUGAAUGCAAUGUCUCGUCCUCCUGGGUUAUGGAGUUCUUCAAGUAA